AUGCCUAAAGGAACUUUGGUUGUCUGUUCACUUUCCAAGCUCAUAUGCUCUGUGUUUAUUUUCAGUGGAUAUGCUGCUGAUGAAAUCACUCACUGCAUACGGCCUCAGGACAUCAAGGAGCGCAGAGCGGUCAUCAUCCUCAGGAAGACGAGAUUAGACGCACCCCGGUUGGAAACAAAGUCCCUGAGCAGCUCCGUGUUACCACCCAGCUAUGCUUCAGAUCGUCUAUCAGGAAAUAACAGAGACCUUGCUCUGAAGCCUAAGCGGUCCCAUCGCAAGGCAGAUCCCGAUGCUGCCCACAGGCCUCGGAUCCUGGAAAUGGACAAGGAAGAGAACCGGCGCUCGGUGCUGCUGCCCACACACCGUCGGAGGAGUAGCUUCAGCUCUGAGAACUACUGGCGCAAGUCCUAUGAGUCUGGGGAGGACUGCUCGGAGGCAGCAGGCAGCCCCGCCCGAAAGGUGAAGAUGCGGAGGCACUGA